AUGGCACCUGGAAUCAUUGGCGAGCAGCCAACUGGCGGUGCACUUCCUUCCUUUUCUAAAUCAGAUGCCGCCCCAGUGCUCUAUCAGAAUGUUGACGAGGAAUCAUUACGGAGGAAGACAGAAAAACACUUGUUGUACUACGGUACCAGCUUUAACAAAGAUGUUAUUUGUGGCGCCAAGGGCCUGUAUGUCUACACUGCCUCGGGCCACAAAGUGCUGGACUGGACGUCAGGUCAGAUGUCGUGCCUGCUCGGUCAUGGCCACCCCGAGAUUGUGAAGACAAUCACUGAACACGCAGCCAACCUUGACCAUCUCUUCUCCGGCAUGGUCUCCCCACCGGUGAUCUCUCUCGCGGACAGAUUAUGUAACCUCCUGCCCGCGGGCCUGGACAAGGCUUUCUUCCUGUCCACUGGGGGUGAGAGCAAUGAAGCUGCGAUCAAAAUGGCCAAGGUGUUCACUGGCAAGUUUGAGAUUGUAGGCUUGGGUGCAAGUUGGCAUGGCGUCACAGCUCAGGCUCUUGGCACCCAGUAUCAUUUCGGCAGGAAAGGACAGGGACCAUUGAUGCCAGGCAUGCACAUGCUACCACAGCCGAAUGCCUAUCGGACCAUCUUCCGGAAACCAGACGGCAGUUAUGACUGGGAAGCUGAACUUGAAUACGGCUGGAAAAUGAUCGAUAUGGCCUCCUGCGGUUCUUUGGCUGCUUGCAUUGUCGAGCCUAUUCAGUCAUCGGCCGGAAUGCACGUGCUUCCCGCUGGUUAUCUCAAAGCAAUGAAGAAGCAUUGCGAACGCAGAGGCAUGCUUCUUAUCGUCGAUGAGGCGCAGACGGGUGUUGGUCGUUGCGGAGAUUUGAUGGCUAUUAUCCAUGACGAUGUCGUGCCGGAUAUCCUGACACUCAGUAAGACCUUGGGCAACGGGCUGCCACUCAGCGCCGUUGUAACCAGUGCAAAGAUCGAGAAGACUUGCAAGGAGAGAGACUUCUGUUUCUAUACGACUCAUAUUAAUGAUCCACUCCCGGCGGCAGUUGGCGACAAAGUGCUUGAGAUUGUGGUACGAGACAACUUGGUAAACCAGUCGAAGGAGCUGGGUAAGAUAUUGCAUGCGGGACUGAAAAGGUUGGAGGGCAGGUACGGUUGCAUCGGUGAUGUUCGGGGUCGAGGCUUGAUGGCUGGCGUCGAGAUUGUCGCGGAUCGGUCGACGAAAACACCAGAUCUUGACUUGGCUAAGGAAAUCGGCGACCGUGCGUACGAGCUCGGCGUAUGGGCAAACCUAAGCAGCCAUCCUAGCUUUGGUGGCACGUUUCGUAUUGCACCUCCUAUCACCAUCACGAAAGAGCAGUUGGAAUUCGGCCUCACUGUGCUCGAAGAAGCAUUUGCAUCAACUCCAGGGUCUCAACCUUUGUAUUAG